UCAUGAUUUUAUAUUAUGUACAAGAGCAUUAGAAAUUGUAGUACUUGCACAUUUGAGAUAUAGAACGAAUGACAUUUUAUCAUGAUGGCAGGUGGCAUAAUUUUUAUAAACUAAACCUAACCUAAUGAUGAAUGAAGUAUGAAAGUUCAAAAUAUUCUGUGUUUCUCACUUUUAUAAUAAUAUUAAUGACUAAAAUUUCUGCAUAAUAAUAGUUAUAUCUAUUUAAUAUUGUGAUUCGAGUUCAAUAUGAAAAGCAUUUCAACGUACAGAAAGCACAUUUGAAGAUAUUGUUUUACUGCAGUCUUGAGUGACUUCUGCUAACGGCGAUCUCGUCUCCCAUUGGUGGACCCUUCCUAAAGCUGCUCUCUGAUUGGUGCCCAGGCUUAUCUAGUGGUUCAUUUGCAAUGAUGUAGAUCAGAAUAGUUCGGACACAUCAACCUACCUCCACCCUCAACCCUAACAGAAAUAUGGAGGAGGAGAAGUCAAAAGUGGAAGAUGUUUUGGAACUAUUUUUAGAAAUUUUUGAGCCAGCAGACAUAUUUGGAAAUUUUUUUACAAACAUUUUCAAAUCUUCAAAUGUUACAGGAAAAAAAGACAUCAAAACAUUUCAGGAUCUCAUUUCGUUUUGUGGUAAACUCGACACAUCGAAGCGAACGGCCAAACAGCAAACGGACAGCGAAGCAAUUUGGCGAACGCGUUGUGUCGAGUAUGUAGACGCAGUGCUCGCUCUGAGACUCGAGACUCGCACUCUGGGCUGGAGGGCGCUUCUCAAGAUCUUGAACUACCUCCAUAACUAUGGGCCACAAAAACAAGAGUACCUUCGAGAAUGUAAAAGAAUUCUGGACUACCUGAUAUCCAGCAACGUUAACUGUCGAAGGGAAAGUGAUCGAGACUACAAUGUCACGUUGUUUUGUUUGAAUUUGCUCGAGUGUGAUAGCUCGAUUCCCAUUUCCCACGGUGAGCUAUCUGUGGCAUUAUUCAGGGAUAUUUUCAAAAUCUGUCAUAGAGUAGCAUUCACGCAUUCAUCUGGCACACUGACAGCAUUCAAAUGCCUUGAAAUUCUAGUUGAGAUUGCUAGAAAGUGUUUAGUUUGUAGUGAUGAUAUCUGUUCGGAAAUUUGCUACAAGAAUGAACUCUUCGAUAUUAUCAUGGCGAAUUGGGAAAACCCAGUUCCAGCUGUUAGGAAGCUGGUUGAAAAAUUGUUGAGAGCGUGGAUCAAAUGUGAUGAGAAUUGCUACCGGAACUGGCCAAUGAAAUGCGGCUGUAGUGUCAACUGUCAGUCGGACUUAUUGAAAACAUAAUAUUUUCACAAUAGAGAGUAAAAAAUUGAAAAACUAAUCAAAAAAGUUGAUUGAUUAGAAGGUUAUAAACAAGUGCAGUGAGCAGGAAUGUAAAAUUUAACUUGUAAAUAAUAUUUCGGAACCUCCAGUUAUAUUUUUGAAUAAAUAACAUAUAUUAUAUCAGUUGCUAUCGGGAGCUCGAUGAGAGAGGUUCUUAUCUGCUAGCGUAUCCUAGCCUGUCUCGCUCAGCUCAAUGUUCUUGCCUGCUAUAAUAUUCAGCCUAUAACUUUACCGUGUAAUUGAAAUUGACGUUAUUAUUUGAAAAUUAUUUUUCGAUUACUAAGCAGUGUAUAGCCGCAAGAUGAAUAAAUGUUUGAAGUGCGAUAAAAGUGUGACCGGGUGUAAUCCUGAACAAAUAUUACAGUGUGUGAAAUGUAACGACAUAUUCCAUGUGAACUGUGUUAGCGAGUCCGAUAGAAAACCGAAUCGUAAAGUCGCUUUCCGGUGCGUUAAGUGUGGAGGAAAGGCAGCUCAAUCCAACGAUCCUGUUGAUGCACCUGUGAGUAAUAAUAAAAAUAAUAAUUCGGAAAUACUCAAUGCGAUCAGUGAUUUGAAUAAAAGACUCGAUCAAAGACUGGCAGGGUUUGAAAACAAACUUUCUCAGGGCUUAAAUAAUAAUAUGAACUCUAUGAAGCAAAUGAUUGCACAACUAUCCACUUCAUAUGACAAACAAAUGAAUGAUAUUAAGGAG